AGAAAUCACGUGACUUAUGACUAAGUUAAAUCUUUUCUACGGAUUGAAAAGGAGAGCCUGAUGAUUAGUUACUGAUCCUCCUUGCAUUUUUAAAGUUUAGAAGAUAGUGAAUCAUGUUUCUAUUUAUGCUUUUCUCUACCCUGUUUUCUUCUAUAUAUACUGAACCUGGGGAGCAACACUGGGUCUGCAACUCCUCCGAUACAAGUAUUUCAUACACCUACUGUGAUAACAUGAAAUACCCUAUUUCAAUUAAAGUCGAACCCUGUAUAAAAUUGGUGGGAAGCAAAGGAUUGUUGCACAUUUUCUUCAUUCCAAGAAGAGACUUAAAACAAUUAUAUUUCAAUCUCUAUAUAUCUGUCAACUCCAUGGAACUUCCAAAACGCAAAGAAGUUAUUUGCCGAGGAUCUGAUGAUGAAUACUCUCUCUGCAGAACACUGAAGGGAGAGACUUUGAAUACAACUGUAUCAUUCUCCUUCAGGGGAAUACUAUUUUCUAAGGGAAGAUACAAAGUUGUUGCUGAAGCCAUUGAUGGAAGUACUGAAGAAACAUUCUUUUGCUUGAAUUUUACCAUCAUACACCACCCUAAUUUAAGUUAG